AUGCCAGUCAAGGGAAUCAAGACGGUAUCUGCCGCUAGGAAUGGUGUUGGCGCCUUCAUCCUACAAUGCAAACGCCUUGAUUUUCAUUACUGCAACUACGGAGGCAGCUCCCGGGGCAUGCUGGCUUUCCUCACACAAACCCUUCCCAACUUUGCGCGAGAGAAUCCCCAAAUCGAGAUCCGUGUAUCUCCGCGACAUUCAAAGCACCCGGUCAUCCGUGGACACUACAUCAAUGGUCGAGAGAAGGCCAUAUGUGUGCGUAACCUCGAGCCCAAAGAUAUUUUGACGAAAGCCAUGAUCCUCAAGGAUGCCAGUGGUGAGAAACUGAAGGCCCAGAAGAAACCCGUGACGAGUUUGAACGAAAGUGUGCGUGGCAUUUGGUCACCAUACCACGGUGAUCUUCGUGGCGUUUGA